AUCAAACUGGGGUGAAAGCCACCACAUUGUAAAAAUGGCGACAUGUCUGACGUUAAUUCAAGUCAAAAAAUGUUGUUGUCUGUGAGCAGAGGAAAAAAACACAGAGGCAUGAUGACCCCGAGCAGAGGUGAGUGCGCUGGGAGAAGUUUUGUGCUCACACACAUCUCACUCCCAUCAACCCAACAUCUGAGCUCAUGUUGUGAGAGAAGUGGCGCAGCCCCUCAGCUCAGCGUGAGCUGCGCAGACCGCUCAAACUUUCACUGCGCUCUCGCUCUCAUGUGUUCAGACUUGUACAACAACUUUGUCCCAACUCAUUGUGCUGCGUAGAAAAGUUCCCUGCGCAAACUAUGUGCGCUGAUUGCCCAACUUCUUGCGGGGAGAAGGACCCUUGCUGCCAAGUUUUAAACUCAGGCGGCGGGAUGGCGUCGCAAACGAAGCCGGACACCGGUCAUCGUGUUGAGGGUGUUUGUCAGAGAGGAUGCGGGCUCCUGCUGUCCGGUGAGGACAGAGACAAAGGGGAACACUGCUGCGUGGACGCGCUCCGCACGGUUACCGACGCGCUGGAAGAAAGACGCGCAACUUUGGAGCACGAAGCCCGGAUGGCGAGGCUCAGGUGGAACAGGAGGGAGCAGUUCCUGUUGGCCCAGGUGUCAACUCUGCAGAACGAGGCUCAACUCGCUGCUCUCCAAUACCAACGGAGACUGCACCAAUACAUGCUGCACAUCAGUAGCAUUGCAGAACAAGUCAUUGGCUACUGCAAGGGUGAUUUGAAGACCACUGCUGACACGCAGAGCCACAUAUCAGAGGAAGCAACAUGUGCAGAUGGAGAGCCACAGGAGCAAGUCAAAGCACCUGAGGUGAAUGGAAAGGAGUUGUCCAAGUCCAGCCAUGAGGAGACUGUGGAGGCCUUUCGCGCUGCCAAGGACCCCGUCGUGGUGCAGGUCAUCAGGCGGACCCCCAGCGGCCGCCCCCAUGGCCCCCCUCAGGAAAUCCAUGUGGUGGAUGUGUGCACUCAGACCGACAUCACCUUUGAACACAUCAUGGCGCUGGCAAAGCUGCGUCCUUCGACCCCUCCUGUGCCUGACGUCUGUCCCUUCCUGCUCUCUGACAGCUGUCAUUCUCUUCAUACAAUGGAGCAGGAUUACUAUGAAGGGACAGACUACCUCUCCCCUGUUCCAGCUGAUGGAGAGAGGACAGAGGAAUUCGAGUAUGAGGAAGUGGAAUUGUGUCGACUCAACAGCCAAGAGAAGUUGGGGUUAACUCUGUGCUACAGGACAGAUGAAGAGGAGGAUGUGGCCAUCUAUGUCAGUGAGAUCAGUCCCAACAGCAUCGCUGCCAGAGAUGGACGCAUCCGAGAGGGGGAUCGCAUUUUGCAGAUUAAUGGCCAAGAUGUACAAGACCGAGAAGAAGCAAUGGCUGCCCUCUCCAACGACGAGAGUAGGAACAUUGUCCUGCUGGUUGCCAGACCUGAGCUGCAGCUGGAGGAGGCCUGGCUGGAUGAUGAGCACAGUGAGUUCCUGGAGCAGCUGAAGAUGGAAAUGUUGGAGGAGCAGCAGAGAGAGGAGAUGGAAUUAGCUGCCUUGCAGGAGGAGCAGGAGAAUGAACAGAGAGCAGAAGAUGAUAAGCCCACCUGCUCCACACUCCCUCAUCAUAAGGACAGUGUACUGACUAUAAAAGACAGAAUGGAAAGCUCAGAGCAUAACGUCCUGGCACACAUCCAGAGACGUCUGUCCCAGUGCCUGAGAGACAGUCGGGACACACGCUGUACCACUGGCUCCACGCGGCUAGAGGACAAAGAGGAUGAGGACGAUGAUGAGACGGAGGGUGACCGUUUCCAGCAGCUCUUGGAGCUGAAGUGUCAAAUUCGUAACAGCGGCGAGUACGACCUGUUCUACAGCCGCCGUAGCACCAUUGAGUGCAGCAUGGGGGAGCAGGGCGGCGUACAGCAUGAGCUGCGUAUGCUCAACGAGGAGCUGCGCAGCAUCGAGCUUGAAUGUCAGAACAUCAUGCAGGCCCACAAGCUUCGUAAGGGCCAGCAGUCUCCCUCAACGGGCCGCUCUGCACCCUCCACCAAAAACCAAAGCCUCCACCGUGGCGAGCCCACAAGGGGUAAGCUGGCAGACAUUAAUGAGAGGCUGGAGAAAUCGGACAAGGACAGCUCCAGUGCCUAUAACACAGCAGAGAGUUCACGCAGUACCCCUCUGGCAAUGGACCGCUCCCCGGAGCACUCACUCCAGAGAAUGGUCAGUCUCACCAACCAGAGGAACCUCUGCAGCAGUCUUGCCACUGGUCACUCUCUUAGCCUGAGCCCCAUCCCAGCAUGCCGUGCUCCAGUCCCGGGCAAGAGCAGCAGCCCUGACCACAGCAAUCCUUCUGAGUCGGACCAGACACCUCAGGUUGAGGACGAGAGCAGAGGGACAUUAAAGACACAUGCUUGCCAGAUUCCUUACUUCUCUCCAUCCCACAGUUCCCAGCAAAGGCAGGCCAACAUCCCAGCUCAUGCCCGCCACUACCAGAGCUACAUGCAGCUGAUCCAGCAGCGCUCAGCUGUGGAGUACGCUCAGAGCCAGCUCAGCCUGCUAAGUGUGUGCAAAGAGCCUCAGAGGCCCAUUAUUGAGCCCAAGAUGGAGUGGAAGGUCAAGAUCCGCAGCGACGGCACCCGCUACAUCACUAAGAGGCCUGUGAGAGACAAGAUCCUGAGGGAGCGAGCCCUAAAGAUUAAAGAAGAGCGUAGUGGGGGAAUGACCACAGACGACGAUGCAAUGAGUGAAAUGAAGAUGGGAAGGUACUGGAGUAAAGAGGAAAGGAAACAGCACCUGGUCAGGGCAAAAGAACAGAGAAAAAGACGGGAGUUCAUGCAGCGUAGUCGGCUGGAAAGCUUGAGGGAGAAUCCUCAAAGCAGCAGCGAGGGUCGCAAGGAAGUCAGCAUUAUAGAGCUCAGCCACAAGAAGAUGAUGAAGAAACGCAACAAGAAGAUCCUGGACAACUGGAUGACCAUCCAGGAGCUGAUGACUCAUGGAACUAAGGCCCCUGAGGGAGCCAAGGUGAACAAUGCCUUCCUAUCAGUCACUACUGUAUAAAAAAAACAAACAAAAAAAAAAAACACACACAUUCUACCCCAUGCGGUAUAAUAUACUUGCCUCGUUCAAUGUGGCGUUUUUAUGAGGACAAUAGGAAUAUUUUUCACACUUUGUAACCCAAAAAGCAUUUUGUAAAGAAUUUAUCAGUGGUGUCAUGGCAUUUUCUUCAUGUUUUCCCAGUAUUGUUUUUCACAUCACUCUGCGGGAAAAACUUUUUUCUAUGAAAUUAUGACUAUAUAAUUAUUUUAUUACUUCGCACUAAACAUGUUUAUCUUUUCAAGCUUUUCAAGUCUAUUUUCAUAUUUAUGUUGUAAUCACAUUACUCAAGAUAGUUGUAUGAACAUCUUAAGAAAAGUUAAGUAUUUUUGGUUUGUGUAUUAUGUACGCUUGGCUAUUGCAAAACAUAAUGAAUCCGGCGGUCAGAUCUAUUUAUGCUUUAAAAUUGAAAUCAGUAAGUCUCAGUGUCAGGCUGUCAGUGCCCAGACAUGGCCAGUUUGUCCAACUAGUCAAACCACGCAGGUAUCACAAAGUUAUGAUAGCUUCAGUCAUAAUACUGUAUCACUUACAACUGGAAGAAUGUGUUUAAUCCCUAAAUCCUACUGAAUUUGAAAUAAAUUGGGAACGCCGUUUCAUUGGUCAAAUGUUUUUAUGCUCACAGACUUGGGUCACCCAAAUAUGAAAUUUUAAUGUCUUAUUGUUACUGUUAUUAAAUACAGAACAUUGCAACAACAAAUGUAUUCCAGCUCUAAAAAUCGAAUUAAAGAUGAGACUGAG